CAGAGCGCUUCUGGAGAUAUUACAGGGGACCCAGCCCGCAGCGACAGGCACAAAGUCACGGGGUAAUGAACUUCGGGGACCCUUUGCCGCUGCGUGCGCGGCUCUCCCCGGAAACCCGGACCCGGCCGCCGCUCUCUCCUAAGAUUUCCUAGCAAUCUAGUUUUCCCGCUGCACUCUUGGGUGCUGGCAGCUCGGAGCCCAUCUGCCUCUGAGACUGCGGUUGUGUGUCUCAUCUUUCUUAACAUCAGCGGUCUGUAGAGAUUUGCCAACAUUCUGCAUGCCUGGGUAGAGGGAGAGAUUGAAGACUGAGUGACGGGAAUGGGGAAAGAGAGAGCUUUUGCCUUCUUUGCACCGUAGGAAAGCCAUUUUCGUGUCUCAUUCCGGUCCUUCAGUUCCUCCCUCGUGCUGUCCUCCCUUCUUCUUCAGCCUGCUGUCCAUCCCUCCAUCUGUCUGUGCAUCUGUGUGUCCAUCUCGAGCAGCAUUCCCAGCAGCUGCAGUUUUGCAAGAGCCGGGAAUAAACUUAAGGAUGCUUAAAUCUCCACUGUGGAACGAAUUUUGAGCGGCUGGAGAAGAGUGCCGCGGGCGAGCGAUACCCACCUGCCCAGCCCCGGAGCCUCGCAGGCUGGAGAGCGGCUGGCGAGCUGCGGCGCCCGGCAGCGAGGCGGGCGCUGCCGGUCGGGACUCGGGCAGUGCCCACCAGCCGCUUCGUCCCGGGACCGCCAGCAUGAGCAAGCCGGCCGGAUCAACAAGCCGCAUUUUAGAUAUUCCCUGCAAAGUGUGUGGCGACCGCAGCUCUGGGAAGCACUACGGGGUCUACGCUUGCGACGGCUGCUCCGGGUUUUUCAAGCGGAGCAUCAGGAGGAAUCGGACUUACGUCUGCAAGUCUGGAAAUCAGGGAGGCUGCCCGGUAGACAAGACACACCGAAACCAGUGCCGGGCGUGUCGGCUGAAGAAGUGUUUGGAAGUCAACAUGAACAAAGAUGCCGUGCAGCACGAGCGCGGGCCUCGGACGUCCACCAUCCGCAAACAGGUGGCCCUGUACUUCCGCGGACACAAGGAGGACAACGGGGCGGCCGCGCACUUCCCCUCCGCGGCGCUGCCCACCCCGGCCUUCUUCACUGCGGUCACACAGCUGGAGCCGCACGGCCUGGAGCUCGCCGCCGUGUCCGCCACCCCCGAGCGGCAGACCCUAGUGAGCCUGGCUCAGCCCACGCCCAAGUACCCCCAUGAAGUGAACGGGACCCCGAUGUAUCUAUAUGAAGUGGCCACAGAGUCCGUGUGUGAAUCAGCUGCCAGGCUACUUUUUAUGAGCAUCAAGUGGGCUAAGAGUGUGCCAGCUUUCUCCACGCUGUCCUUGCAAGACCAGCUGAUGCUUUUGGAAGAUGCUUGGAGAGAACUGUUUGUUCUAGGAAUAGCACAAUGGGCCAUUCCGGUUGAUGCUAACACUCUACUGGCUGUAUCUGGCAUGAAUGGUGACAACACAGAUUCCCAGAAGCUGAACAAGAUCAUAUCUGAAAUUCAGGCUUUACAAGAGGUGGUAGCUCGGUUCAGACAGCUCCGGUUAGACGCUACUGAAUUUGCCUGUCUGAAAUGCAUCGUCACUUUCAAAGCUGUGCCCACACACAGUGGUUCUGAACUGAGAAGUUUCCGGAAUGCUGCUGCCAUUGCAGCUCUUCAGGACGAGGCUCAGCUAACGCUCAACAGCUACAUCCAUACCAGAUAUCCCACUCAACCUUGUCGCUUUGGAAAACUCCUGUUGCUCUUGCCAGCUUUACGUUCUAUCAGCCCAUCAACCAUAGAAGAAGUGUUUUUCAAAAAAACCAUCGGCAAUGUGCCAAUUACGAGACUGCUUUCAGAUAUGUACAAAUCCAGUGAUAUCUAAACUCGCCAAGUACCAGCUUUUCAGGAUGGGACAGUAUCAGAUGAACUUCUACCCGUGGAGAACAAGCCUCAACUAACAAACCCUUCAGGAAGCAUAAAUCUGGGAAUGUGUAGCUUUCAGGAAAAAUGCCAGUGGAUUCAAAACAGUUCCAGUAGCUGUGACCUGCUGCCUCAAUCGGGGCAGGGCAGCCCGGAAGGAAAGGGGGCGCAGUGGGACCAUCUGAUGGCAGACUCGUCACCGCGGUGCCCGGGAGGGGCGACCUGGGGGCUGCUGCAGGCCAAGCCACUCUGCCUCUGACCUGGGAGAUCUGGCAGAGCCAUCAAAUGCUGAAAGACCAGUCAUGCUUUCUUUUCCUUUUUAGCACAUAAAGUUGGGUGACCAAAUAUAGUUCUGUGUAUAACAUCAUACUGCGGCCUUCAGAAAUACGUUAUGUUGGAGCAUUUAUUUUUAAAAUAAUGGUUAGGUUUUAAAUCAAAAAUAUUAUUGAAAGUUUCCCUUCUAUUGUAAUACAUCAUUAAGUGGCCUUCAGAACCAAGGUAAUAUGUGAAAAGUAGCUUAUGCUGUGUGGUUUGCUUUUACUCUAUCUCUUUCCCCACCUCCUUUUCUCUUUCUUUUGUUCUUUCUUCUCCUUUUCCUUUUUUUUUUUUUAAUACCGUAGGCCAGGCAACCUUGUCAAAGGAAUUGGUGGAUGGAAACGAGAUUCUCUCCAGGACUUCCGGUUGGGUAACAUCUCAAAAAUAGAAGAGCUUUACUAAAGGAAGACAAGAUGAGAGAGGAUGAGGAAAAACAGCAAAACCAAAUAAAGUGGAGCUGAGUGAUCGGGUGAGGCGGAGCGCUGUCCCGUUAUCGAGGUGAUGAGACCAAAGGCAACGGGUCCAAACUCAUGGCUAAGCGCUCACACCAGGCGGCGGAACAGACACCGUGCCAGAAGGGACUUCAAGGAGAUGAAUGCUGAGAGCUUUCAUGACUGAUCCAUUGCUGAUGGCCUGAGACUCUUCAAUGCUCUUCAGGAAACUCUGGUUUCUAGUAAAGCCUUGAAUGCACAUGCAGAUAAACAUGUGCACGCGCCGCAUCGCCCCACGCCAUCAGCUGCUCCUUUGGUAUGAAUCGAUACUUAUGGAAACGUAGACACAAACAUUUUUAAAUAGCUGCUGUACUUUUCACACUUUGAUCUAUUAGAUACUAGCACUGAGGAAAAAAUCCAGCACUUGGACUAUCAUAGGAUGAGUAAAACUUUUCUUGUACAGAGUGAAUUAACUGAUUUGUGAAAAAGGUUGUACUCAUUGUAUUUACAAAGAAUAAAAAUAUAUUGAA